ACCGCCGUUCUGAAGGUGGUUUCUGCCUGCACAGAGAUGCAGUGGUCUCCACAUCCUGCUUCCAUACUGGCUGACAGGGAACCCAGAAACCACAAUCCCAACUUGUGAAUAAGAAAACAGGCUCCACAGCCCUAAAUUGCUUGCUCCAAAUUUCCCAUUCUGUGAGCAAGAGGAAGACUUCUUCUGAAGCAAUCAUUCCCCACACUACCUAAAAAUCUUGGUCUGAUCGUUACUUAGCAGGUGUUGGGUGGUAACUCAGUAUUGAACGUGCUCGGGGAGUUCUGUCAGAUGAUGUUGACUCCUGAGGCAAACGGUCCUUUCUCAUUGUUUCCUGACACAUAGAGACUACUUGUGAACUAUAGAGCAUUAUCCCUGUCACACAGAUGCUAGUAGGUGAACAGUAGCUGAUCUCUACCUUCUGUUUAAUUGUGUGGGCUGGCCAUCAGUCCUGACAUCCAGUCCUACUUUGACAAAACUCAGUUCCAGUCAAAAUGAGGUCUGUCUGCAAACAGGCAGUGAGAGUGCUGUUCCUGGUUGGAGGAGGGAUGGGGCCAUAAGUAUGCUUACAGGAGAGAGGGUAUCAGGGAAAGCUGGAAAGUACCUGGCCUCGAGCCAAGUGUGGUAGCUCACACUUGUAAUUCUAGCACUUGGAAAUUGGAGACAGGACCACUUCUGUGAGUUCUAGGUCAUGCUGGAAGCACAGUCUCAAAUGGCAUGUGUGUGUGUGAGAGAGAGGGUGCUGAGCUUUUUGGAUGGGCAACAGAAUAUUUGCUGGGGUUUGGGGAGAAUUCCCAGUGUUGGGAUUGAACCCAGGGCCUUGAGCAUAGUGUGCAAACCUACCACUAGGCUAUAUCACCAGUCCCCAGAAGAGUCUUUUGAAAAGAACAAGUGUUAAAGGAGGGGUGGGGACAGCUUGACUGGUUACCAUGCCUUUAUGACACUACCUCUGUGACCUGCCUUAUUGAAUUAGUUAGGUCCUUUGUGGUACCUGGCUUUCUUUAUUCUAACUUUGUAGUAACUGUUAGAGGUACUCCUCGUGAAGGUGGGAGAUCAGAAGGAAAUGGCAGCUGGUCACUCAACCCUCAAAAGACAUCCUUAUUCCGAUUCCCUACUCCUCUGGCGAGGAUUCACCAAGGGAACUCCUCACCAUAUGGGCCGACUCAGAAACGCCAAAAUCCACGUAGAGAGAGCCGUCAAGCAGAAGAAGAUCUUUAUGAUUCAUGGACGAUACCCAGUGAUCCGGUGUCUCUUGCGCCAGAGAGGCUGGGUAGAGAAGAAGAUGGUGCAUCCCCCAGGCACGAUCCUGCCACCACCUUCGAAGGAUCUAGACAGCUCCAUGCUGGGUGACAGCGAUGCCACAGAGGAUGAGGACGAAGAAGAGAGUGAGAUGUUUCGGGAGUCGCAGCUGUUGGACUUGGAUGGUUUCUUGGAAUUCGACGACCUAGAUGGGAUACAUGCUUUGAUGUCCCGCAUGGUUCGAAACGAGACCCCUUACCUGAUCUGGACCACUCGGCGAGACGUGCUAGAUUGUCGCUUCCUUUCCAAGGAUCAGAUGAUAAACCAUUAUGCCCGUGCCGGCUCCUUCACUACAAAGGUGGGCCUUUGUCUCAACCUCCGGAAUCUGCCAUGGUUUGAUGAGGCUGAUGCUGACUCCUUCUUCCCACGAUGCUACCGACUGGGGGCAGAGGAUGACAAGAAAGCCUUCAUAGAAGAUACACAGCCCAAGAAACAGGAGAAGAAGCCAGUGACGGUGUCUUCAGACUUUGUGGAUGAGGCUCUGAGUGCAUGCGAGGAACAUCUCAGCAACAUAGCCCACAAAGACAUCGACAAGGACCCCAACGCCCCACUGUACCUCAGCCCUGACGACUGGUCCCUCUUCCUUCAGCGCUACUACCAAAUAGUGCAUCAAGGGGCAGAACUCAGAUACCUGGAGGUCCAAGUCCAGCGCUGUGAAGACAUCCUACAGCAGCUUCGGGCCGUGGUACCCCAGAUAGACAUGGAGGGGGAUCGGAACAUCUGGAUCGUGAAGCCCGGAGCCAAGUCCCGAGGCCGAGGGAUUACAUGCAUGGACCACCUGGAUGAGAUGCUGAAGCUGGUGGACUGCAACCCCAUGCUGAUGAAGGAUGGCAAGUGGAUUGUGCAGAAGUACAUUGAGCGGCCCCUGCUGAUCUUCGGCACCAAGUUUGACCUGAGGCAGUGGUUCCUGGUGACCGACUGGAACCCACUCACUGUGUGGUUCUACCGGGACAGCUACAUCCGCUUCUCCACACAGCCUUUCUCCUUGAAGAACCUGGACAACUCUGUGCACCUGUGUAACAACUCCAUCCAGAGACACUUGGAGGCUUCCUGUCACCGACACCCAAUGCUGCCUCCGGAUAACAUGUGGUCCAGCCAGAGGUUUCAGGCCCACUUGCAGGAGGUAGAUGCCCCAAAGGCGUGGUCCACUGUCAUUGUGCCUGGCAUGAAGGCUGCCGUGAUCCAUGCCCUGCAGACCUCCCAGGACAACGUGCAGUGUCGGAAGGCCAGCUUUGAACUCUAUGGGGCUGACUUUGUGUUUGGGGAAGACUUCCAGCCCUGGCUGAUUGAAAUCAAUGCCAGCCCCACCAUGGCACCUUCCACAGCUGUCACUGCCCGCCUCUGUGCUGGUGUGCAAGCAGAUACCCUGCGUGUGGUCAUCGACCGGCGAAUGGACCGCAGCUGCGAUACAGGAGCCUUUGAGCUCAUCUAUAAGCAGCCUGCUGUGGAGGUGCCCCAGUACGUGGGUAUCCGGCUCGUAGUAGAGGGCUCUACCAUCAAGAAGCCCAUGGCAGUGGGACAUCGGCGGACAGGGGUCCUCUGCUCAUCACUCCCUCAUCUGCUGACCCAGCAAGGCUCUGGGGAAAGCAAGGGCUCAGGCUCCCCUACCCACAGGUCAGCUUUUAGGAAAAAUGCUAGGGUCGAGAGCCUGGGACACACCACCGCCGCCGAGAAGCCAGAAACUACUGCCACCACACCGGUCCCUGGAAAGGGGAAGAAAGGCAAGGCAAAAAGUGCCACGGCCCUGGUCUGCCUCACCCUCCAGAAGUGGGAGCACCCCAACAUCAGGGUGGGCCACAUUUUCAACAGGUCUCUGGGUGUGAAAAAGCCUGAGGCCUGGGGUAAUACCACGUUUCCCAAAUGCCCCCAUCCUCCCAGGGCUACCUGCUCUCCAAGCCCUUCCCAAGUGUCUGAGCUUACUCUGCUGUCAGAAGGCCAUGAAUGAUAGCCAGCCUGAGGCUGUUCACCAACUGUCUUUAAAUAUACAAUCAAAUGAGUAUUCCAAAGUAGUCACCCUGCCAGGCAGUUAGAUCAGAAGAUGCCAGGGCUGGCUCAGUCCUGGAGUGCGCGUCCUGGGAGUCCAGACCUCUGCUGUCCUAGCUGGCUUUGCCCUCACUCUUCUCUGGAGAAAGGUGCUGCCAUCAUGCCCUUCCUGCGCCCCCUUAGCCCUCACAACACCCUAGUGAGGUAGGUGCUAUUGUCCCCAUUUUCCAGCCGAGGUAGCAGGAAGUUUAAGGACGUUGCCCGAGGUUGCACAGCUCAGAAGGGGCAGAGCUGGGAUGCAGACCCAGGUCUGUUGGACCCCCAACCCUGUGUUCUUCCCACUGCUUCUGGAGGAGGAGCUGGGAGGGGCUCCAUCUGCCCACACCUCCCACCCCCUGCCUCUGCACAUACCCUGUGGGAUAGCUGGUCAGGCUGGGACCUAGGCCAGCCCUCACGGUUUCCCUUCUCCCACAGACCCUUUCCACUUCCCUAGUCUCCACAUCAAGGCCUGGCUGCCUUCUCCCCGUGUGCACCGACCCCAGAGCCGGGUCCACAGACUCCAGCACAGCCAGCUGGUGGGCUCUAAGGCUCUGUCAACCACAGGCAAGGCCUUGAUGACUCUACCUACUGCCAAGGUUCCGAUGUCCUUCCCACCUCACCCUGACCUCGAACUGGCACCUAGCAUGCUGAAGCCCAGAAAGGUGGGCUUUGAGCUAAGCUGCACACCCUAGUGGGUAGUGCUGAGCAGAGGGAUUGGGGCAGAAGGGCACAGGCAGAGGGCAGCACCAAGACCAAGCAGCGCACCAGGGAAGGGCUUGUCUUCCACAGAACCCUGUUCCAAGACAGAGGCCUGAUCAUCUCUCUCUUCCUCCCCUCCUUUACACCGAGGCUGCUAUUCCCCUGCACCUUCGAGGCCCCCACUUUGGAAGUGCCUCUUGGCCUCUGACCUUUGAAGCCGGACUUCUUCCUAGCACCCACAGGAAAGUCAAGUCCAAAGGCAAGUUCAAGGCCAGACUCGGCAACAGACCCAGGGCUGAGGCAUACCCCACGAAGAGGCUAAGUCUCCCCAGCCCCUUAACCCUUAUUUUGGUGUCCCAAAGUCUGGGGCCUGUAGGGGCCACGAGGCUAAAGAAACCCCUGCUCUGAACUUCACUGCCCCAUCCUGGAUCCAGCAUCAAAUAAAAAAAAAAAAAAAAAAAAAAA